UUAGUUAUAAGUAGUCAGGUGUGUUAUAGGUUCAAGCUAUUUUUUUUUUAAUUCAAUUCAAGUUAAUGGUUUUUAACGUCUAAUUUCAAUUUUUAAAAAAAUGUCAAAUUUCCAGAAUUUUUUUGCAAAUUUGACUGGACUUUUUCUGUCUUCAAGGGAAUGUGGCGGCAAGUUCUGCACAAUAAACGACGUUACUCAUUUUUGACGUAAUGGUUUUUGAUUAUUUUCACGAAUGUUAUUAGCAAGCGUAACCUCAUCGAAUUUUAGAUUUUUCCAUGUUUACAAUUUGCCUAGUGGCAUCACUCAAUCAAAAUCCCUAAACUGUACUUCAAUCAACUAAACUACUCACUUUCUUUUUCUUGAUUAAAAAUUUAUCAACUCGGAUUUUGUUUGUAUUUUUUUCUACUUAUUCGGUUCAAAAAUUGUCGGCUGAUAUUAUAUCGGCUUGGUGGCUUCAUUUUUGUGUAUAUUGAUAAGCAAGAAAAAUAUUCUUAGGUGUGUGUGUUUUGAGCGGGGAUGUUCUACAAAAAGAGUUUUCAAAGAAAAUUGUUUUGCUAUGUUAACUUUUCGCAAGUUUUCUUCCGGUGCUAAUUUAACAUUCAACUAUUUUCCUUGGCAUGGGUUUCUCAAAAUGAAAUUCAAUCAAGGCAAAUCUAGAAAAUUUUUGGAACAAAUUGGUAGAUUUUGUUGCUUUGCUCUUUUUGUGUUGUAUCGCUAAUGAUGUGAAGCUCCGCUUCGCCUCUGUUUUAAGUUUAUUGGUAAAAAAAGAAGGUAAAUUAACUAUUUACCUGAUCAUAAUUUACACAAUAACGAAAUGCAAAUAUUGAGAAAAACGUGAUUUACUUUAAGCUUGAAAAUGGAUUUUUUUUCUAGCCGAAUAAAAGAAUUAUCUGUCGACCCAAUUUUCUCAAAUUGGCUGUUUUAUCAAAAAGGUCACAAAUACUUAUUCCAUGAAACUUAUUAAGGCUAUCUUUGGCUAUGUUUAGAAUUCGGUUUUUUAUGUAUACAAAUAUGGAGGUUAUUUGCAAUCGAUCUUCCAAAAUUUGUAACUUGUAAUGAUUAACAGUCAGGCACAGUCCAAAACUGUGUUUUAAAAUCGUUUUAAAACAAGGUUUUUUUUUGGCUGUGUGUCUAAAAGAUAAAAGGUGGUAAAAUCUCGCAACAACUGAGCCGCUACACUAUUGGUUAUUUUGACCGGAAGAUGUAGGGUUUGAUGUGAUUGUUUUGUAUCUAAUGUAAUGGGGUCAAAAUUGACCCAUUCCGAAACCAAGAACGCCAUCGUGGGUUUUUGAAAAUCGACACGAAGUCCGAUUGAUUUCCACAUCUAGAAGGGUCUUGAAAGACUAAUUAUUCUUCGAUUUUAAUCGUUUGACAUUAGCAGUACGUUCAGAUAUCAGUUUCUUUUCAAUGUUAUUUGAUUGACUUUUAAAAAUCAUGAAGAAUUGUUAAUAUCUUAAUUUUUUUGCUUGACGCUCAGAAAAAAAUAUUCAACGGUUUUUCAUAGUUUUCUUUUCGAUUGUACUUGGAGUCAGCUUCAUUAGCUACUUCGGUGUUUGUUGAUUAAAUUUCAUUUUGUGCGACUGUAGUCUUUGCUUGAAGUCACAAACCAAGCAGUAUUUUAUUGUUUAUUUACUAGUCUUAUAUAUUUUUUUGGUUAGACGUAGGUAUUCAGUUUUUGAAAAUAUUAUAAUUGUUGACGUGUCAGUUAAUUCUGAUAUUGGUUUUAGAGGCGAGCUUAUUUUUGGUUAAAUAGUUUAUAUCGUCAAAUUCCAUAUUAGUGAAUUUUUCAUAGCUUCGAUUUUCGUACUCUAUAAAGCAACGCUCUUGCUGUUUUAUAUUUUCAACUUCUCUGCCGAAUUUAGUGCUUGGCUAUCAAUUGCAACGCCUUUUGAAAGCCUUCCUGCAGGCUUCACAUGAUCUAUACUUUACAAAUAGUGUACCAAGAUUCAGUAAUUAUUAACUCAGUGCUCUAAAUGGCGCAUACUCAUCACAACAGAGGGUUCCUCAACUGUCAUGUUUGUGACGAGGAACAGCGAAACAGAGAGCGACUCGCGGCGUUCCACAGAUAUGUAGAUUACAUCAGAAAUGUCCAGUUGCUGGCCCAGAUGAGUCUAAUGAACCCUGGAUACCUCCGAUUGCCUGCCCCAGUAACAGUUGCGCCUAGCAGUAAUAAUUCGGUCAAUUUUGUGAAUGUGUCUACCUUAAGAGACAAUCAGUCUUCUAAAGAUGAGCAUCAACAGAGAAAUGGAAAAAGUGUUCUUACCCUAACGGAAUUGGUGAAUCUGGAAAAGUUUGCAGCUAGCAGUAGCAAAACACCUCUUCAUCAGUUUCGAUGUCUGCUGUGCAAUGCUGAAAUGUCACUGUUUGAACAAUUGAUUAAUCAUUCGCGCGGACACAUCAACGAAAUGUGGAAAUUUAAACCUGAAGAAUACUAUUUCAAGUUUUUAUGUAAUUUCUGUUAUGGUGUGUUUUUCAACAUCGGAAUAAUGAAAAAGCAUAUAAAUAACGACUGUAUGAAGAAUCGAAAGGAGAAAAUAGAUGAAAGGUUUACUCUGAGAUGUGCGUUGUGUAAUUUAUACGAAUCAAGUCCAGGGCAGUUUAAAGGUCACGUGAAAUCAAAACCCCAUGUUGAAGCUAUUAAGAAAGAGAAGACAGCCACAACUGGUCCGAUCAAAUUAUUUCACUGCACUUUAUGCGGUGUACACUGCUGUGAUAUGAACCAAUUGAGACUGCACGUAGAAACUGCAGCACAUCAAGCAAAGUUCAAAAUAGGCCAUUUUAAUUUUUAACACCAAGAAAGGCCAAUUGAAAUAAAUGCGAUAUGUAAAAUAAAUGUAUCUUUUUAAAUAUUGACUGCUUUUUGUAUAAAGUGUAGUUUUUGUACGUACGAUGACACUUAUAGAUCAACUUUUCCUAAAAAUUUCAGCUUCUUCAAUUAUAUCGUUUAAGAUAAAGGGGUCGUUUUUUCUGUUAUACGGCCCAAAGUUGUCAAUUUGUUCAUAGAGCGUUUUUUUUACUCUUUAGCUGUAAGU